AUGGAGGGUUGUAUGAUUCUCCCUGGCCAGAGAUUCGACCCCAUGGAGGAGGAGUUGCUGCUGUGCUACCUUAAGCCCAAGGUCAACGGGCAGGAGGUGCCCGGCAAUGACUCCCUUAUUUGUGACUUUGAUCUUUAUGGGGAUAAAGAACCAUGGCAGAUUUGGGAAAUGUUCCAAUCCAAACACACUUAUGAUCUCCGGAAAAGAAGAGACAUGUACUUCUUCACCCAAAAGAAGAAGAUGAGGGCCACUGCCUCACGUUCAUGUCGCAAAGUUUGGGCUGGUUCUUGGAAAGGCCAAAUAAGAGCCCAGCACAUUUAUCUUCUGGAUCAAAACCUGUCCCCAACAUCCACCCUCCUUGGUUUCAAGAAAACCUAUACCUACACCUACCCCAAGAACUCCUCUGUCCGUCAUGGUAGCUGGACCAUGUAUGAGUACGAACUUGACAAGUCCCAACUCUUGCCCAACAAACAAGCAGACUAUGUCCUUUGUCUACUUAGGAACCAUGAUGGACUCAAGAGGAAGAGGAUUCAAGUAGAAGAGGUGGUUGAGGAGGCCUGUGCUGAGCAAGAUGAUGGAGGUAGCCAUUUGAGCGAUCCUGCACUGGCGGUCGACGACAAGAGGCGAUGCCUUAAACCUUCCUCCCAUGAUAAUGUGGCUGCCGCUGCAGCACCAUCGUUUGAGUGGACUGAUGUUCAGCAUUGGUAUGAACAACCACCAUUGAGCACCUCAACAGCGGAGCCAUGUGUUGCUAAUGUGCAACUCGUAGUUGAAUCUCAAGUUAGCAAAGAAAAUUUGGACCAGCAAUGCAAUGAUAUAGAGACCAAUGCACUUACCCAAAUGGGAGAAGGAAAUGGGGUCAUGACACCACUCAUAGAAGCAUCUGGACCGAAAUUGACUAAUGCCACAGACUGGAUUGAAUCUUUCAUGGACAUACCGUUACCGAAUGAUGAGAUGCUCAGUAGCAUGGAAGUGGGUUGGAUGGUUCCUGAAUUGAAAGCCGCAAUCGAAUCCGACGAGGAUUGCCACGAUUUAAGGGGCUCGACUAAGGACGCAGGACUGCUUUAG